CACGAUAGUACAGGCGUGAUCGAUCUGAAAAUUGCACUGAAUCUAGUUAUUCUGAGAGAAAUAGUUGAGUGACUUCUCUCAGAUAUCCGAUGGACGGCGAAAAUACAUUUAAACAAUGGAAAAAACAGUGUCUGAAUAAGAUUGACUUUAGCAAAAAAGGGAGUGUUGAUGAAGCCAUUUCCAAUAUCGUGUCUUGCCUAAAUGAUUCCGAUAAUUACUUUACAACAAGCUCCUGUUCGGGGAGAAUAAUUCUUAUUGAUGGGGUGUCGGACUCCACAGACAUCCAAAAACAAAACUGCUCCUGGCUGUUUGUUACACAUCAGAAAUGUGAAAAAGCGGAUUUGUGUGCUGGACUGGAGAAGUCGGUUGGAGAUGCAGUCUUAAAAUUUGAACCUUUCGUGCUUCAUGUCCAAUGUAAACAACUGGAGGACGCUCAACGCCUGCAUUCUGUGGCCAUCAACUCUGGGUUCAGAAACUCUGGUUUAACGGUUGGAAAGAAGGGCAAAAUUAUUACGGCGGUGCGGAGUACUCACUGCCUUGAAGUUCCACUUGCUCACAGAGGGAAGGUGCUGGUGGAUGAGGGAUACAUUGAUUUCCUGGUAGGAGUCGCCAAUCAGAAAAUGGAAGAAAAUCACAGGAGAAUAGAGAGGUUUUAUGAUUGCUUGCAGUCUUCUUUUCGAGAAAAAAUCGGUAAAUGCUACUCCGAGGGAGAGACGAAAGAGAAAUCUGUGUACAAACGCAGACGGAAAAGGACAGAAGAGCAUUCUAAGAGAGACUUUUGUGAAAAUGUGAAAAGACACACUGAGAGUGAACUGGAAGAUGACUUUGAAUCUGGGCUGUCAUUGUUCGACUAGAGUUUCAGUCUUUCCCUGAGCCGAAUCCGUUUCGUUACUGUCAUAAUAUGGAAAAACAAACUAACAAACACAAAAAAAAAACAACGAAUGUCUGUUUAUCAUGGAUCAACAUCCAUAUUUUGAAAGGAUGGGGACUCUGUUAUUUUAAA